UCGUUGCUCCAGCUUUUCCCUGUAUAUAAGCUUCCAUUAUGGUGAAACGUAUGAAGGCCGGCAAGAAGGGCUCUUCUGCUCACUACAUCACUCGGGCUCAAGCUUUAAAACGACUUCAACUUUCCUUGCAGGAAUUUCGAAGAUUGUGUAUUCUUAAAGGAGUCUACCCGAGGGAACCCAAGAGGAAACUACAAGGCGCCGAUAAGACGUAUUACCACAUCAAGGACAUCACUUUCCUCAUGCAAGACCCUCUGGUUAACACUUCGUAUUCGACCCAAGCCUACCUCAAGAAGCAUAGGAGGAUGAUGGCGAGGAAGGACUACAAGCGAGGACGGACCUUGGAGAGGUUUCAUAAGCCUAAGCAAGAUCUAAGUCAUCUCAUCAAGGAGCGGUACCCGACUUUUGACGCGGCCCUUCGCGAUCUUGAUGAUUGCGUCGCUUCGCUGGCGAUGUUCGCCCACCUUCCAGCAGAUCAGUUGAAAAGGAUCAAGCCGGAACAAGUUGCGGAAGCUCGCAAGCUCUACGAUGAGUUUCUUUUCUAUGUCAUUCACACUGGCCGAUUAACCAAGGUCUUUGCUUCGAUCAAGGGGUAUUACUUCGAGGCUCAACUGCCCUACGGCGCUGUGGUGUGUUGGUUGCAACCGCAUAAUUUCGCUCCGCGUUUCCCAGCAGAAGUUGAUAUGAAUGUCCUCAACACGUUUGGCGAAUGGUACCGCACCUUGCUGAGGUUUGUCAACUUCAAACUGUACAAGGAAGUAGGCUGGCGCUAUCCCCCGACUCACGCCCCGAUGGCCGAUGAACGUGAAGACACUUCUAGUACUAGUCUGGCCACCAUUAAAGUCGACAAGGCUCCUCGCACCAUGACAGAGGGUGACCAAACGAACGGCAAGGAAGGAAUAUUCAAGGGCCUGGUCUUCUGGAUCUCCCGUGAAGUUGCUUUAGCUCCUAUCUAUACCGUUCUGGUCGCUGGGGGCGCUCAAGUGAAAUGGCUUAGGGAAAAUAUGAACGAUGAUGAUAUCACACACUGUGUGAUCGAUCGACCUAUGGUUCCUGAGGGCUUUGCUGAGGAUCACGAUAGAGAUAUAGUACAGCCACAAUGGGUUUUGGAUUCUUUCAAUGAAGGAGUUCUACUACCUGUGGGCGAAUAUGCAUUAGGGAAGGACCUUCCUCCUCAUUUAUCGCCGUUCGUUGAUGAUGAUGGUGACGGAUAUGUUCCCGACCGGAGGAAAAUCUUGGAUGAUAUUGUUGGCACUAUGGCGGGUAAGAAGAACUCUCAGGGUUUGCUCAAGGCCACUGCUGAUGUUAUGAAUAUGACGGAUGAGGUUGAUGACCGUUUGGCUGAGCGAGACUACUUACGUGAAGUGAAAUCAGAGAUGCGGUCGAAGGAAACCGCGGAGAGAAUCAGCGAGGCCGAACAGAAGGCUGAGAGGGAGAAGGAGUUGGCGAAGCGAGCUGAGGAGAAGGCUCAGGAGAAGAUGGAAUUACAGAAGAGUAUGUUGAGCAAGAAACACGCCAAGUUGUUGUCUAGGAUUGAGUUCGGGAAGGCUACACGUGACCAGAAAGCGGCUAAGUUGAUUCAGAAGAAGAAGGAAGCGAAAAAUAAGGCCGGAAAAUGAUUGGAAGCUGUUCGCUAUCAUAAACGUCUCUCAUACGGUUCCUAUAAC